CUGGUAGAUCGUCGCCGUGUCCCGCUCCGUAAAUUUUACACUCAUUUAUCUACAUGGCCUGCCUUAAAGGAGAGAACGAUAAUCUGGCUGAUCUAACUGUUGUUAUGAAUCUUUCAAGUCUCCUUAUCCGCCAACUCGCUACCCCCUAGAUAUGAUUUCUAGUUUACGCAAAUUUAGACUUAAUUAAUGGUACCGAUUUUUUUUUCCCUUUUUUUUCCUUCUACCACGAGUAUGAUUAUUAUUUUUAUAAGUUGAGCUGUGCUCUCUGAUGAAUAGAUAGUUGUUCUCUCCCGACUGUUUAACAUUUUUUGUGUGGGAUUUCCACGUAUCUCUGUACCAUCGGUAGUUUCAAUAACAAAUAAUUAACAUGCCAUUUUUGAGUAUUUUUGUCAGUACACGUUUCUCUGACCACCAGGUCUUGCUCCUUGACUUACUGAAUGGUUGUUUUUGUCUCUGCAGUUAAUCACCGUUAUCUCUGUGACGCAUUUCGUUUACAUCAAUUUGAGUUGUGCCUAGAAAUUUUCGCUUACUUGAAGAACUAGAACAAGGACAGAAAGGUGUUGGCGAUGGAACGAUUAGUUGGGGCUUAGAGAACGACGAUGAUAUGACCCUGACGCAUUGGACAGGCAUGAUUAUUGGACCACCAAGAACACCUUAUGAAAAUAGAAUGUAUAGUUUAAAAAUAGACUGCGGUCAAAGAUAUCCAGAUGAUGCUCCAACCGUAAGGUUUUUAAGUCGAAUCAAUAUGAACUGCAUCAACAGCACUACCGGUGCGGUUGACAAUCGCAGCGUACCAGUGCUUGCGAAGUGGCAACGAGAAUACACAAUCAAGACUGUACUACAAGAACUCCGACGUCUCAUGACCCUGAAGGAAAAUAUGAAACUUUCUCAACCACCCGAAGGCAGUACCUUCUAGCUUAACCAUGCGCGCACCGUCUCUCCUUUUAGCGGUAGUACUAGGCAGGCCUUAUUAAGGUAUGAAGAGCCCUGCUCUUGGUAACCCUAAACUAAAGAAGUUUAUUCGAAUGGUACAUAUUUGCUUGUAAAGGUGAAAUCAAAUCCGUAUUUUUUGAUUCUAGGUAAAUAAUAAUAGCAGUUUAUUGUUUUUUUAGUUAUCGAAUAAACCUCGUCAUAAGAUAUCUUAAUUCAACAUCGGCAAAUUAAAAUUGGAUACAAGAUUUAUUAACGUGUACAGAAAGUGUAUGAUAGUUGAUUUACGCAACUUUUUGUUUAGCUUCGUUUUUCAUUGCCGUCACUUCAGCCGAAUCUACCAAUAUCCUUUUGACUCGCUGAUUGCUCUGAUAAGUCAAGAAUCAUAUUUUAGCUUUAACAAAUAAAAUGAAUACCCUGUUUAAGUAAUAAAAGGAAGAAUUAAUACGGAACGAAUACUGUAUAAUUGAUAGUAAUUGUUUUUUCUUUUUUUUUCAUCUCAUCUAGCGCAUCUCACUCGUGAGCAAUUACAGUUUUACGUGUUUGCAUAACGCCGCAUUCUCCCGGGGCUUAUUUUUUUCCUUCUUCGAUCCAGUAAAUCGAACUGUUUACUUUAUCCACUUAAUCGAGCAAAAAUAUAAAAUUCUUUCCGAUCAAUUAUCUCUACGUAAGUAUUGGAUGUAUGCUUAGCGUGUUUGAUUCUCAAACUGUUACAUGUUAGCCUGCUAUAGCAAAGAACGUCAGCAUCGAACAUGCUAAGUCUAUGAGAACUUGAUAGGUCAUGUAAGAGUUGAAUCUAAAUAUCUAUAAUGAAAUAACGUAGCAUUUUGCCUGAAAAUCUGAAUUUACAGCUUAUCCCUUCUAUCGGUAUAUCUUUUAACAAUUUAGUCUUAUUUAAGGUAAUUAGAAUGUCGCUCCGUUGCGAAGACGCCAUAAAGAAUUUGGUACAAUCAAUGUAAAACGAAAUUUUGCUAAUUAUUUAUCUAUGAGGAAUAAGUGAAUAAUAAUCUUGUAGUUUUAAUGAAUAUACAUAAACAUUUCAUAAUCUUU